AACAAAUAAAACCCAUCCUGCAAACAUAUAUAAGAAGCCCCUCCCUCAUUAUUACUUCAUCAUAUCACACACCAACUCUUUAAUUAUACUCCUUAUAUUCCCUAACACCGAUCAACAAUGGCUUUGUUCAUGGCUUUAGAUGGUGAUUGGAGCGACAUCUUAGUGAAGGUGAGCAUGUUCAUCUUGGUCCAGGCUUUGGUUUUCCUAGUCCUGUCCAAUUCCUCGAACAUCUUCUCCGCGACCGAGAGAUCGCAUAGUUUCCGCCCGAGCCGGUCGGUGAGCUUGCGCCGCAUGCUCGCGGUCCUCUCCGACUUGCCGCCCGGUGGCGAGCUGUCGCCGCAGGUCAAGCCCUCGGAGAGGAAGGAGGAUUGAGUUUGUUUGGCUUUUCUUAGGUUUUAGAUGAGGGGAUUUUAUAUAUAUAUAUAUAUGUAUUCUUUGAUUGUUUCAUAUGUACUUGAUUUGGAUUUGUAAUAUGAUUUGUGUGCAACUUGAUUUGUAUUGGAAUGUGAGAUUUUAAACCAUACCAUUUGUGUGCAA